AAAUCCCUCAGAAGAGUCAGAGGUUGGACCGCUACAAAGAGAUCAUCCGGAGUCUUCCUCGAGUCAACAGGACCACGCUGGCUGCGCUCAUCAGUCACCUGUACAGAGUCCAGAAGUGUGCCGGUCUGAACCAGAUGUGCACCAAGAACCUGUCGCUGCUGUUCGCUCCCAGCCUGUUCCAGACUGACGGGAAAGGAGAGCACGAGGUGAAGAUCGUGGAGGAUCUGAUAGACAACUACCUGUACGUCUUCGAUAUCGACGAGGAGCAUCAGACUCAGAUCGAGCUGGAAAUCAGCCUCAUCACCACCUGGAAGGACACGCAGCUGUCUCAGGCCGGAGAUCUGAUCAUUGAAGUCUAUCUGGAGAUGAAGAUACCAGACUGCUGCAUCACCCUCAAAGUAAGCCUGAAUAUUGAUUAUCAAUACUGUUACUAUUGA